GGCCCCGCCCCGCGGUGGCGCCGCCCCGGGGACAAUAGCGCGGGGCCAUGGCGUCCGCCGGCGGCCGCCCGCCCAGCCAGAGCCGCGCCAUCCCCACGCGCACCGUGGCCCUGAGCGACGCCACGCAGCUGCCCCCCGCCCACUGCACCCCCGCCGGCGGCUCCCUCCCCGCCCCGGCGUGGGGAGGUACCCGCAUCAUCUACGACCGCAAGUUCCUGCUGGACCGCCGCAACUCGCCCAUGGCGCAGACGCCGCCGUGCCACCUCCCCGACAUCCCCGGCGUCACCAGCCCCGGCGCCGCCGACGAGCCCAAAGCGGAGGCCGGCAGCAGCAGCAGCCUGAGCAAUCACGACGGGAAGCCGCCCGCGGGGGACGACGCGCAGUUCGAGAUGGACAUCUGACCGGGCGCCCUCCUGCUCUCCUUCGCCGCUUCCCACUUGUUUUUUUUUUUUUUCCUCCCGUUUUAUUUUUUUCGUGUGUUUUUGUUUGUUUGGUUUUUUUUUUUUGCCACGUCGCCUCCAGCUCCCAUACACCUGCCCCCUUCCCAAAACUCGUUUUAAGGAACAACGCCUGGAAAUCGAGGGUUUGUUUUUUUGUU